AUGGCGUCGUCGGCGCGCCACCCUAGCUUCGUCGGCCUCCUCCCGGAGCGGCUCGGCUGCGUGCAGUGCAACUUCUGCGCCACCAUCCUGCUGGUGGGCGUGCCGUGCGGCGGCGGCCUGCAGCUGAGGACGGUGGCCGUGCAGUGCGGCAGCUGCGGCGGCAUCCUCUCCGUCACGUUGCCGCCGCCCCCUCCGGCGGCGUACUCCGCCGAGCUACCACCGCAGGUCACCACCGAGCCCGGCGUUGAUCCGGCGCCAAGGGACUCGGACGAGAGCAGUGGAGAGGACAGGGAGAUGGCUGCAGAGAACCAUGCGUUCCCUGCGGUUAUGAAACCUCCAGAGAGGAAGCAGCGGACGCCGUCGGCCUACAACUGCUUCAUCAAGGAGGAGAUAAGGAGGAUCAAGGCGACAGACCCUAACAUCACCCACAAGGAGGCCUUCAGCGCUGCUUCUAAAAACUGGGCUCACUUACCAAGAAUCCAGCAGAAGGAAAACUGAAAGAUCUGCUCCUGCUGCAUACAGUUUCUAGAUCUGCAAGCUGCAAAGAGGGAUAUCAAGACUAACUGCGACUGAAUAAAGCAAUGCUGUAGUCAGGUUUAGAGAAAGCAAGCAUGAUCCACGUUGUAGCUUCAGAUGAGUUGAAUCCCUGGACUUCAAUGUUGUACAUAAACCUAUGCAUGUGCUGCCAGAACUUACAACCAUGUGAUAAAUGCAGUUUGUUUUGCAUCUCUUAUAUCACCUUCAGUGUUGAUAUAAUUAGGAUAUUAUACCAAACCUAUUGCCAGUAACACCACUGCAGCAGGACGAGCAAUAGUUAAACACGGUUUUCUGAAAUUAAGCUGGUUUAUAAAACUUGCCCAACCAGCUCUAGUGGAAAACAUGAUAUAUUUGUAAGCAAUUUGAUUAACAUCCAUAAUUCAGCUGCUGUUCCCUUCAUGGAACAAUACA